AUCAAGGACAGCGUCAUGUGAUCUGGACAGAUUUCAAAGCCGAGGCUGCUGCCCGGCUCGGCUCAGAUCCGAUCGGCAGGUGGAGCGACCGCGAACGCCUGGCGCUGAACAUGGCCGCCCGCGCCCGUUGCCUCGGCCUGCUCUCCUGCUUGCUGCUGGGCUGCAGCCCGUCCGAAUGCGCCAUCGCCACGGUGGGAGCGGACGUGACCCUGCCGUGCAGCUACGACGCCGACGCCUACGGCAGGCUGUCCGUGUGCUGGGGCCGGGGCAGCGUCCCCAGCAGAGGCUGCGCCGGCGAGGUGAUCAGGACGGACGGGACGUCGGUGACCAGCCGCCUGUCGGAGCGCUACCUGCUCGCGGGGGACCUGGGAAAGGGCGACGUGUCGCUGACCGUCCGGCAGGUGCGGGAGAGCGACGCGGGCGUGUACGGCUGCCGCGUGGACAUCCCGGGCUGGUUCAAUGACCACAAGCAGGAGGAGACGCUCACGGUGGUGGCAGCGCGCCCUCAAGCCCUGAAGGUGGAGACGAGGGAGGUGAGGGAGAGGACCAUCACCGUUCGCUGGAGCCCCGGGUUCGAUGGAGGCAGACCCGUCACGUCCUACACAGUGGACCUCAAGGACAAACAGGCAUCUUGGGAAACCGCCGUCAGAACCCAAAUCUUGAAUCCUGAACUGACUCAGGUGACUUUAGUGGAUCUGCAUCCGGCCCAAACCUACAACAUUCGCAUGUUUGCGGUCAACAGCGUGGGCAUGAGCGCAGCCAGCAACGUUCUGACUCUCACAACAAAGGAAGCAGCGCCAGACGGACCUCCGCUGGAGAUGCGGCUGGAGGCGCUGACGCCGCGCAGCAUCAGAGUAACUUGGAAGCCUCCGAGGGCCGAGCUCAGGAACGGGGCUCUGCAGAGUUACAGCAUCCACUACAGAGAGUACGACCCCGUGGGCCGCGCCUUCAGGAAGUGGCAGCACCAGAGCGUGGUGGCCACGCAAGAGAGCGAGAGCACGGUCCUGCUCAACCUGAGGCCGUCCACCAGGUACGGGGUCAUCAUACAGGCCAGAACCAGCGCCGGAGCCGGACCCGCCUCCACCGCAUCGCUCUGCUCCACUCUGGAUGAAGUUCACCCAACCUCAACGACAACAGCUUUUGGCUCCACCUCUGCUGCUGCCACAGUUUGGCCGAGCGACGCAAGCUUCGCUCCAGUUCACACAACCUUGGCAGCCGAGACUGUAACGGAUGAGAGCGUUUGGGAACAAAGCACGACGGAAGUGACUUCAGCCCUGGGCCCGGAUCCCCCAGUGCUUCAGUUGAAGGAAGUCAAACAAAACACCAUUUCCCUGUCAUGGAUCCCUGGGUUUGAAGGUGACAGCCCCAUCACAGGCUACUACCUGGAGUACAAAGCAGUGAAUGCCUCGUGGGACUCCACAAAGACAGUGGUGGACUUCAGCUCCAACCAGACUAACGUCACCAUAAUAGAAGUAAAUCCAUCAACAUACAACAUUCGCAUGUUUGCCAGGAACAGUCUGGGCACCAGUAACGCCAGUAACGUCCUCACCAUCACCACUGAAGAAGCAGGUCAUCCCAGUGUCACCACCACACCAACGGUCACGAGUGCCGCUAUGCGGGCCGAGGAGAGUGGAGGCCUCCACCCGGCUGUCAUCGCGGUGCCGGUGGUGCUGGUGGCGGUGAUUGUCGCCGCAGCGACGACGUGGCAGCUCCGACGAAUGAGACACAAACAAGGCAGCCUGAGCAUGUGGGUGACCAGCCGAGCGCUACGUUACAGAGGCUCCGAGUCGCUGCAGGAGCUCUAACACUCAGCCCCUUGAUAAAAAAGAAAAAAAAAAUCAGCUGACGGAAGGUUUGAAUGACGUAACUGAGCAGAAUCAGAUUGUUCAUCUGACUGAAACUGGCCAAAGAAAAUGAUCACUACCUUGUAAACACUCAAAGAAGCUCAGAUUUUAGAAUAAUGUAAAUAAUUUGAUUUGCAUUUAUAAUCAGUGUCUUUUAGCACUUUGGUGAUUGUCUUUUUCUAACACCAUUAAAUAGUUUUUGUGACAUUACAACAAUAA